AUACCAACUUGUUUUGCAAAAAUGCAGAGUCGACUCCUGAAACAAUUUUUGUUGGAGAGUUUAGAUUUUAGACCGUUUUAGAUUGGCGGCGACAAGGGAAACACACAGCACGAAGCAAUAGGAAGAUGAGCGGCGAUGGGAUCUUGGGGAUCAGGGAUUCCAAACAAAGCAAAGCAGCCAUAACCAGAAGAAGAAAUUGGCUCAAGAGACGAGAAACAUGGUUAGUGGUUCUUGGAGUGAUCCUGCACGCAGUCUACAUGCUCAGCAUCUUCGACAUCUACUUCAAGACCCCCAUUGUUCACGGAAUGGAUCUCGUCACUCCCCGCUUCAGCGCCCCUGCGAAGCGUCUCGUGCUUCUCGUUGCUGAUGGUUUGCGUGCUGAUAAGUUUUUCGAGCCAGAUUCAGAGGGACAUUUUAGGGCACCAUUUUUAAGAAGUGUGAUUAAAGGCCAUGGUCGUUGGGGAGUAUCUCAUGCUCGACCUCCUACAGAAUCAAGGCCUGGACAUGUUGCUAUAAUUGCCGGUUUCUAUGAGGACCCUAGUGCAGUUACAAAGGGAUGGAAAGCUAAUCCAGUUGAAUUUGAUUCAGUUUUUAAUCGCAGCAGGCAUACAUUUGCUUUUGGUAGCCCAGAUAUUGUUCCAAUAUUUUGUGGUGCCUUACCACACAGCACUUGGAAUUCCUAUCCUCAUGAAUUUGAAGACUUUGCUACUGAUGCAUCCUUUUUGGAUGAGUGGUCUUUAGAUCAAUUUCAAAGCCUUCUAAAUAGGUCCAAAGAAGACCCAGAGUUGAAGAGAUUACUUCAGCAGGAUAAUCUUGUUAUAUUUCUACAUCUACUUGGUUGUGACUCCAAUGGUCAUGCACAUCGGCCUUUUUCAUCCAUUUAUCUCAACAAUGUUAAGGUUGUUGAUCAUAUUGCCAAAGAGGUUUAUAAUUUUGUUGAGGAUUACUUCAAGGACAACCUUACAGCAUAUAUUUUCACCGCAGAUCAUGGCAUGAGUGACAAAGGAAGUCAUGGGGAUGGGCAUCCUUCAAAUACUGACACCCCCCUAGUUGUUUGGGGAGCAGGUGUUAAAUAUCCCUUGCCACUCUCCAACAGCAGCCAUCAUGAUUGUAGUUAUCGUUUUGUCGAUGAACAUGCACAUGACACGCCAACACCUAAAGCAUGGGGCCUUGAUGGCAUUGAACGGGUGGAUGUUAAUCAAGCUGAUAUUUCACCUCUCAUGUCAACCCUACUGGGUUUGCCUGGUCCUGUUAACUCAGUUGGAAAUCUACCUCUUGGUUACAUUAACAUGAAUGAGGAAGAUGAAGUUGAAGCUGUUCUGGCUAAUACUAAACAAAUUCUUAACCAGUUUCUUCGCAAAUCACAAAUAAAGCAGUCACAUUCAUUGUAUUUCAAGCCUUUCAAGCCACUAGCUAAGUAUUCCUCAUUGCUGGAUCAUAUUGAGGAUUUAGUAUCUACAAGACACUAUAAAGCUGCAAUGGAACUAUCUGAAAAUCUCAGAAGCUUGGCACUUGAGGGACUUCACUAUUUUCAAACCUAUGAUUGGCUGAUGCUGAUGACUGUAAUUACUCUUGGCUACAUUGGUUGGAUGGUCUUUCUUGUUCUUCACGUGCUGCAAGCUUAUACUUCAUUUCAAGGCAAUGUAUUCAGAAAGGAGCAAGCAGUCCAUCAGAAAUACUAUAUUGGAAAAAUACACUUCUGUGGUUGUCUCUUUAUGGGAAUAUGUUCUACUCUGUUGUUUGUGGAGCGGUCUCCUCCCCUUUACCAUGCAUAUGUUGCAAUGACAGUAUUUUUGUGGACACGAAUCCUUAAUGAAUAUGCACUUAUAAAAGCACUAUGGAGACACUUAAGUGGGAGAAAAUUCCAUUAUGCUGUUAAACUCUUCAUUGCUGUAGUCAUAUCAGUGAUCAUUCUUGAAUUUCUGGUGAAUAGCUUCACAGAAAGGAAGCUGUAUACUUGGUGUUUUCUGACAGUUGGUGUCCUAGCUUCUGUUUAUCUUUACAGUUUAAUUCCUUGGAGAUCUGGGAUACCAGUUUUUGUUUGCUUUGCCUGUUGGUUUUUAUCUAUAUUUACUUUGAUGCCUGCAGAAAUUCCUGACAAUAAUAAGUUGGUAGUUGCAAGUGGAGCCAUGAUUAUCAUCUUUGGAUUAACAGCAAGGUGGCUGGACCGGCAUGCAGAUGGAAACAAGUAUUGGUCAAGUAUCUCUAACCAAGGAAUUAGAAAACUCCGGUUCCCCAUGCUCUUUCACUUACAGGCACUUUUGGUUGGAUUAUCAUCAAUAAUGGUGUUUUUAUCUACAUCUCAUAGAACUGAGAAGCAAGAACUACAUGCGUGGCACCAGCUGAUAAACUGGUCUAUUGCUGGUUUCUCUAUGGUCCUUCCACUCUUUUCAGAUGAUGGUCUCUUGUCUAGACUUAAUUCUAUAUUUCUUGGUUUUGCACCAACAUUCCUUCUCCUAUCCAUUGGAUAUGAAGCUGUAUUCUAUGGUGCCCUUGCCCUUGUACUCAUGGCAUGGAUAUUAUUUGAACACACACUUAUGUAUAAAGUGAGAAAAUCUUCUGCUUCCAUAAAGAAUUCAGAGGAACUUUCAAUUCUUGAAGACGGUUGUAGAUCCUUGAAGUUAUCUGAUGUUAGGAUUCCAUUGACUUUUAUGGUCUUGUUUAACAUUGCCUUCUUUGGGACUGGAAAUUUUGCAAGUAUUGCAAGUUUCGAGAUUUCAUCCGUUUACCGGUUUGUCACAGUUUUCAGUCCCUUUCUUAUGGCAGCUCUCCUCAUCUUCAAGUUAUUCAUACCAUUCAUGCUUGUCAUAUGUGCUUUCAGUGCAAUAACCAAACUAUUACAAGUUCCUCGGUUAGGAUGCUAUUUUCUUGUAAUAUUAUUUUCAGAUGUGAUGACCAUCCACUUCUUCUUCCUGGUGCGGAACACAGGAAGCUGGAUGGAAAUUGGUAACAGCAUCAGCCAUUUUGGGAUAAUGAGUGCCCAAGUUGUUUUUGUGCUGCUACUUUUUGCUCUCACAAAUGUAUACACCAAAGACAUCCGAAUUAAACCAGCUAGCCCAUCCUCCAGAAAAGCAAUGUGAUCCACAAGAAACUAGGAUUAUAAGCAUUGAGCUCGUCCUCAAAGUUCACUAUAAGAUGAGCAUUUCAGAGUCUAGUACCGGCCGUGAAUAAUCUAGAGCAGUCUUCCACAACAGUUUCCAAUUUUUACGAUGCUUCCCUGAGCUUCUGAAUACAUGAGAAACUUGAACCUGGUAAUCUUCCAAAAUUUUACGAUUCAGUCUUACAUACUUACCUGGUUACAUUCAAAUAAUUUUUUUCCUCUUUUUUUUUUUUUGGGCAUUUAUUGAGGGUGCUAAUAGGAUUUAGAGGAAUGGUUGUAAGCUUAUUGGCAAAUUCUGCCUCCCUUUCUUGAGGCAUUUAAACCAUUAUUUGCUGUAAAAGUAGAUAGAUCUUCAUCCUUUGAAGGUUUCUGAAAGUUAUAGAAAUGGAAUGGAAUCUUGAAAUUUAUCAUGCAUCAAGCGAUGACCUCCAAAUAGCAGAAAGUAGGCGGCUGGGAAAUGAUGACUUGGGAAGAAAAAUGAGUAGCUUAC